AAAAAAGGCAAAAUCAAAAGGCUUUUCGCAUUUGCUCCUUUCUCUUCUCUCUAUUCCAUCGUGAGUUCGUGAAAUACACAGUUAGCAUCUCUUCCUCCGCCUUGCAUGAGCUUCCGCCGCCGUCAUCGCCGCCGCAGACCACCGCCUCCAUGCCAACUACGUCCGCAUCCUCCGCUGUGUGCCUCUCUUCCUCCGAUCCAAUCCUGGACCGCCUCGCCUCCUCCGAUUGCGAGGUGAAGCUCAAAGCCAUCCGAGAGGUGAAGAACCGCAUCAUCGGUAACCGGACUAAGAAGCUCUCCUACAUCAAGCUCGGCGCCGUCCCCGCCGUCGCCGCCGCACUCGUCGAUUCCGACCCCAACCUCAUUGUCCAGUCCGCCGCCACCCUUGGCAGCUUCGCCUGCGGCGUCGACUCCGGUGUCCGCGCCGUCCUCGAUGCCGGAGCUUUUCCCCAUUUCAUCAGACUCCUCUCCGCUGCCGACGAGAAGGUUGUGGAUGCUGCUGCACGUUCUUUACGAAUGAUUUAUCAAUCUAAACUAGCUCCAAAGUAUGAUUUUUUUCAACAGGAAAACAUGCAAUUUCUUCUUUCAUUAUUGAUAAGUGAGAAUGAAAAUCUUACUGGGCUAGGUGCAGGCAUUAUUAAUCAUUCUUGCGAGACGAAUGCAGAACAAAAUAUAUUAUGCUAUGCUGGUGUUUUAGAGAAGCUUACUAGCCUUCUUGAUGGUUCUCUAAGUCAGCGAGAUGCUAGUCUAGAGUCCUUAGUUGCAAUUAUUAAAAACAACUCAAAAGCUGUCUCUAAAUUUGUGGAACUUCAUAGUGGAAGAGCUUUAAGUUCUGUAACUGAAUUAACUAAGGACAGAUAUCCUCGCACAAGGUUACUGGCCUGCUUGUGCUUGAUUUCUGUGAAGAAUUCUUCUUCUUGUUAUCUCCAGGACAUAAGAAUCAAAACCAAAUUGGUAUACAUUUUGCUUGAGCUCCUUGAUGAUUCUGGUCAAGUUGGAGAUGAAGCUUCUUUUGCUUUCUCGAGUUUAAUUGCUGAGAAAGAAGAUUUACACAAGCUAGCGUUUGAGGCAAAUGCUAUAAAUAAGUUCAACUGUGUCUUGCAAAAACGUCCUUUAAAUCCUAAACGGCUUGAAGGGGUAUUUCUGGCAUUGGCUGAUCUUUGCUCAAAAUUGGAGUGCUGCAGGUCUAGUUUUCUUUCAUUGCAGGUCCUAAAUCUAGUAGUUGAUGCCUUAAUACAUGAGGAUGCCAGUGUACGCACUGCAGCUUGCAUUUGCUUAAGAAGUGUGUCACGUUCAAUCAAGAAUUUGAGUGCAGGUCGUUUUAUGAAUGAAAGGGUUGUUUUUCCUUUGGUUCAUCUUCUCUCUGAUCUUUCUACUUCUGUACAGGUUGCAGCUCUUGGUGCCAUCAGCAAUAUAGUGGUUGACUUUAUGCCGCAUAAAUCAACAUUCAUACAAUGUGGGGGCAUUAAAGAGCUUGUGCAAUUGACGAAGUGUAUGGAUUUGUCUUUAAGGUUAAAUGCUGUAUGGGCGUUGAGGAACAUGGUAUUCCUUGCAGAUAAGAUGAGCAAGGAAGGAAUUUUCUUGGAGUUAACGGCGCCUUCAAUGGCUAGCCUUAUCUGUGAUCCUGAACCUUCUGUUCAAGAACAAGCUCUGGCCCUUGUUCGCAAUUUUGUUGAUGGAUGUGUGUACUCUGUUGAAUAUGCUUUUACUGAAGAUGGUAUCAUAAUAGAUGCUGUAGGAAGGCAACUACGAAAAUCUUCAAAAAUUGAAAUUUCGAUUCAGGGGAUGUAUGUUCUCUGCAAUAUUGCAAGUGGAAAUGAAUUUCAUAAGGAAGCAGUAAUGCAAGUACUAUUCCCCCAAGACGAGAAUGAAUCUCACUCUUUCUUGAACCAGUUUUUGCAAAGCAAUGACAGUCGCUUACGCACGGCUGCUGUUUGGGUCAUAGUAAACCUCAUUACUGGUCCUGGUGUAUUUGGUCGGAUUGUAAAUCUGCGUAGUUUUGGCAUUGUUUCUCAAAUAAAGAGGAUGGUCAAUGAUUCUUGCAUGGAUGUGAAGCUUCGUGCCAAACAUGCAAUUGAACAGAUUACUUCUGGUGAUAGUUAAAUGCAAUAAAUUCCUCUGUUCCAAGCCCUUUGGCUACAGAAAAAGAUAAGGGAUAUUGAUAGAGUUUAUUUCCUCGUGUUCACUCUUCAUGCAUACAAUGUGGUCUCCUGCCUUUUGCAUCAGCUUUCAAUAUGGUGGGUCAAAUUGCUUUAGUGUUUCUUUGAGUAAACUCCUAAGUUGGUCUUCCAAAGAUUAUGGUGUAAACACAUAAGCCCUCCAAAGAUAUUUGUCAACAAAAUAGUCUCGAAAGUUCUAAAAUGUAACAUGACUAAAAUGGUGAUACAAGAGAAUGAAUUGGGUAACUGUUUUGUAUUUUUGAAUGGACUAAUUUGAUGACCAAAAUCUUUGGAAGAUUAAUGUGGUGCCAAGCUAAUCUUUUUGAGAGCCUAUUUAGGGCUUUACUCCUUUUAACCAAUCAGAGCAGUGUGAGAGCUUUUCGAUUCUGUAAGCACUCUUGGCCAUCAAAAUCUCAUUUUCUUACUGUGUACCAUAUAUGUAUUACUUUUUGUAAAUCAGAUGAUUAUAGACUCGGUAGAAUUACAGGCUUUAGUUUUGUAAGAUAUGAGUUGUAACUUGUAAAUGUCAAUUUUAGAACCGAGUUUCAAUUUAAUGUUGGUCAGAAUUGUCUAUUUAAGAAACAUUUGAAGGGUAGUGAUUGAGGAUGCUUCUGGCAUUGAUGCAUGCCUUGUAAUUUCUUUUUCAGUCUGAUGCAUGAAUUAAUUGAUCUCUGGUGAGUAAAGCUCACCUACUUAGUU